AUGUUUGCAGCUAAACGUGCCAGUAAGGUUUUGCUGGGAUCAGCUGUGUCUGCUGCCGCAGUGUUUGGCGCUGUUUCCAUGGUAAACCAGUCACGUGAUACAAAUACUUUGCAGAACGAUGUGUCAGUGUCAACUAUCAAGAAAUCUAAUGUAGACCUGCCAUCUAGAGCCAAUCUUUUGUCUAGGUUGUCCAAAACGGACAAGUUUGAUGUAUUGAUUAUCGGUGGUGGUGCUACUGGUACCGGUUGCGCUUUGGAUGCUUCCACUAGAGGUUUGAACGUAGCCUUGGUUGAAAUGAACGAUUUUGCUUCUGGUACUUCUUCCAAAUCUACCAAGAUGGCUCAUGGUGGUGUCAGAUAUUUGGAAAAAGCUUUCUGGGAACUAUCGAAAGCCCAGUUAGAUCUUGUUAUAGAAGCUUUGAACGAAAGAGCACAUAUGUUGAACACUGCUCCUCAUCUUUGUAAGAUUUUACCUAUCAUGAUUCCUGUUUACAACUAUUGGCAAGUUCCUUACUUUUACGUCGGUACUAAAAUGUACGAUUUGUUCGCUGGUUCGCAAAAUUUGAAAUCCUCUUACUUAUUGUCCCCUUCUAGAGCUUCAGAAGUAGCACCAAUGCUAGAUGCUUCUAAAUUGAAGGCAGGUCUUGUUUAUCAUGAUGGUAGUUUCAAUGAUUCUAGAAUGAACAGCAGUUUGGCUAUCACCGCUAUAGAAAAGGGUGCUACUGUCUUAAACUACGUUCAAAUCAAACAAUUGGUAAAAAACAAGGAAACUGGUAAGGUAGAAGGUGCCAUUGCUGUGGAUCGCGAAACUGGAGAUGAAUAUCAAAUCAAGGCUAAGGUAGUUGUGAAUGCAACAGGGCCUUACAGUGAUCGUUUGUUACAAAUGGAUCAAUCUCCAACUGGUUUGCCAGACGAUUCUGUGCUACAAAAGAUCAAUGAAAAUGCUACCGUCUCCACUAAGAUUGCUGUUCCAAAUCCAAAAAUGGUUGUUCCAAGUGCCGGUGUCCAUAUUGUCUUGCCAUCUUUCUACUGCCCAAAGGAAAUCGGUCUAUUAGAUGCUCAAACUUCUGAUGGUAGAGUUAUGUUCUUCUUGCCAUGGCAAGGGAAGGUUUUGGCUGGUACAACUGAUAUUCCAAUGAAACAAAUUCCAGAGAAUCCAACUGCUACCGAAGCUGAUAUUCAAGAUAUCUUAAAGGAAUUGCAACACUAUAUCAAUUUCCCUGUUAAGAGAGAAGAUGUUUUGAGUGCUUGGGCUGGUAUCAGACCUUUAGUUAAAGAUCCAAGAAAAGCUGACUCUGGUUCUGGAUCUACUCAGCAAUUGGUUAGAUCUCAUUUCUUGUUCACCUCUCCUUCCAAUUUGGUGACAAUUUCUGGUGGUAAAUGGACCACUUACAGAGAGAUGGCAGAAGAAACCAUUGACGAAGUUGUUAAAGUAGGCCAAUUUAACAGCAAACCUUGCGUAACUAAGAAAUUGAAACUGGUCGGAGGUGAAAACUGGAACCCUAACUUGUCUGCUUUAUUGUCCCAAAAAUACCAUCUUUCGAGUGCCAUGUCUGAACAUUUGGCAAACAACUAUGGUACAAGAGCCCCUCUAAUUUGUGAGUUAUUCAAUGAAGAUCCAAGAAACAAACUUCCUGUUGCACUAGCUGGUCAAGAAAAUGUUUCUGUAUUUGGUCAUGUUGAUUAUGACUCCUUCCGUUACCCUUACACUAUUGGUGAACUAAAGUAUAGUUUGAAAUACGAAUACGCAAGAAACUGUCUAGACUUCCUAAUGAGAAGAACUAGAUAUGCCUUUUUAGAUGCAAAACAAGCUUUGAAUGCAGUAGAAGGUACUGUAAAAGUUAUGGGAGAUGAAUUGGGCUGGGAUUCCAAAAAGAGACAAGAUGAAAUUCAACAGGCAACCGAAUACAUUAAGACUUUCGGUGUCUAA